AAUAUCUAUAUAUUUUCUUGGACUGAAAAAUCAAAGAUACAUCAUCUGUAAAGUCAAAAUUCUUAUCACUUUUAUUUUUCUUUUUUGUAAAAUCAAAGCUGCCGUAUUUUUUGGUUGUUUCUGUUGGAGUCAGAAACAAGAACUCCAAGAACACCUCCAUUACACACACACACACACAUAUAUACAUACAUAUAUAUAUAUAUUACACUUUUACCUUCCCCAUUAUAUUACUGCUCAUAUAUAUAUAUAUAUAUAUUUUUUUGUGUGUAGUUGUAAAUGGGAAAAUCCGACGUUGUGUAUUCUGUUCUUCUGUGUGUUGUGUUGUUCAUACAAUUGAUUAAUGGAGGUUUAAUGGUCAACGCUGCAAGAACAGAGGAUGGAUCAGAAGCUUGGGGUUAUGUUGAAGUCAGGCCCAAAGCACAUAUGUUUUGGUGGUAUUACAAAAGUCCAUACAGAACUGAAGAUCCAAAAAAGCCAUGGCCGAUCAUACUUUGGUUGCAGGGUGGACCUGGUGCUUCUGGAGUUGGGAUUGGGAAUUUUGAAGAAGUUGGGCCAAUAGACACAUUCUUGAAGCCAAGAAACUCUACUUGGCUUAACAAAGCAGAUCUCUUGUUUGUGGAUAAUCCAGUAGGGACAGGGUAUAGUUUUGUGGAGGAUGAAAAGGUAUUGGUGAAAACAGAUGAUGAAGCUGCAACUGAUUUAACUACACUUUUGAUUCAUGUUUUCAACCGAAAUGUUACCCUUCAAAACAGCCCUCUUUAUAUAGUAGCCGAGUCUUACGGUGGAAAGUACGCUGUUACCCUCGGUUUAUCUGCUCUCAAAGCUAUUGAAUCCGGGAAGCUCAAGCUCAAGCUCGGAGGAAUUGCGUUGGGGGACACUUGGAUUUCGCCCGAAGAUUUCGUGUUUUCGUGGGGUCCGCUCCUAAAAGAUGUGUCGAGACUGGACAAGAAUGGCCUGGUGCAAUCAAACAGUUUGGCGAAACAAAUAAGUGAAGAACUCGAGGCGGGGAAUUUUGUAGAGGCGACCGAUACAUGGAGUAGGCUGGAAGAAGUGAUCAGUUCCAAUAGCAAUUCAGUGGAUUUCUACAAUUUCUUGUUGGAUUCCGGGAUGGACCCUGUAUCAAUGACAGCUUCUGAGUUGACUCAACAAAUUGCGAUUAAAAGAUAUUCGAGAUAUUUAAAUUCGUUGAGGUCCGUUAACAUCAGCUCUCUGGAUGUGAUUUGCUCAACCAAGGGAACUGAAGCAUGGGUUGAAAAGCUCAAGUGGGAUGGGAUCAAAACUUUCUUGAGCAUGCCCAGAACACCACUUUUCUGUGGUGGAGAGAAAAUCACAAAGGGUUUCUUCAAAUCAUACAAAAACCUACAUUUCUACUGGAUUCUUGGAGCUGGUCAUUUUGUACCUGUUGAUCAGCCCUGUGUGGCAUUGAACAUGAUAGGUAGCAUAACACAGUCUCCUAUUACUUCAAAAUAGAUAACCCUCAUUCAUUAUAUCACAAAUUAUCUGGUGAAAAAAAAAAUCAUUGGAGAUUUUAUUGGUAGACAAAGAAUUAUAAAGAAAAAUAACUAAAUAAACAAAUAAAAAUUGUUCAUCUUUUGUAAGGGAAUUUGCAAAUAUUAUGAUGUUCUAUCAUUGUUUUGUUUUUCAAAAUAUAUAAAUAAGCAAUUUAUAUUUAUGUUCAAAACUUCUCCCCCUUCUGAAUUUUACUAUAAAUGUGAUUCAAAUUGUAAUUGCAUGUUAAUUGUGAUGAAUGGAAGUCGGGAAUCUCA